UAUAUCGCACCCCCACAAAACCCUAAUACUGAAACAGCAAGCAGCCGUUCCCCAGAGCAAAUCCUAGGGUAGUGAAGAAAGGGAGAAAGCCGCUCGCCCUGUAGGUGAGACGCCAUGAAGCAUAACAAUGUUAUCCCUAAUGGUCACUUCAAGAAGCACUGGCAGAACUAUGUCAAGACAUGGUUCAAUCAGCCGGCGAGGAAGACCCGCAGACGCGCUGCUCGUCAGGAGAAGGCAGUGAAGAUCUUCCCUAGGCCUACUGCUGGACCUCUUCGGCCAAUUGUCCAUGGGCAGACAUUGAAGUACAACAUGAAGUUGAAGGCUGGGAGAGGGUUCACUCUCGAGGAGCUCAAGGCUGCUGGGAUCCCGAAGAAGCUAGCACCAACCAUUGGAAUUGCUGUUGAUCACCGCAGGAAGAACAGGUCCCUUGAGGGUAUGCAGGUCAAUGUUCAGAGGCUGAAGACUUACAAGGCCAAGUUGGUUGUCUUCCCAAGGCGUCCUGGCAAAGCCAAGGCUGGCGAUUCUGCUCCUGAGGAAAUGGCUACUGCUACUCAAGUCCAGGGAGAGUUCAUGCCGAUUGCACGCGAGACUCCAUCGGUUGAGCUUGUGAAGAUUACUGGUGACAUGAAGUCAUUCAAGGCCUAUGACAAGCUCAGACUCGAGCGGACCAACCAGCGUCACUAUGGUGUUAGACUGAAGAAGGCUGAGGAGGCUGCCAAGGAAGAGAAAAAGUAAAAAGAGAAUAGUAGUAUGGUCCCCGUUUUGGUAUUGCAUUUUAGCUGCCAGUUUUUCGAGAUAGAGACUUUGUUAUGGAUUCUGUUUUGCAAAGCUGAUCAAUCUGUUUUUGUUUGCUCAUACAUUAUCGUUGGAUUGGCGAGAAGAUUUUAUAAUGUGGGAUUGGAUGUUUUGUUUCUGUGUUAUGUAUUUUGCUUUUAAAAGCCUUUCGAGAAUGGAGGUUAUAUUGUGGAAGUUGUUUCAGUAAUAAGGCCGGAGUAUGGUAUAUAGCUCGUCUUGUUUAGGAGUUAUUUGAUUGUGUUGUUGGGUUCGUUGUUUAUUA